GUCUCGUGUAACUUUUGACUAUCGGCCUCUGGCAACACUGCAAAAUGGCUAACAUUAGCUUUAUUUGUUUAGUGUUUUCGAUGUUAAAAUGUAACGGUAAAACGUGAAAGUGUACAAAUUUUUGUAUAACAGCAAUCAUGUUGCACAAUACAGGGCCUUACGGGCCUAACGAGACGCCGAUAAAUAUGGGAGCGCCCGUGAACAUGACUCCGAUGAGUGGUCAUAUGAAUCUCGCUCAUAAUAUUAAUCAUUUAAGUAAAAUGGCUCACCACGCAGGCCAGCCGCCUAGCGGGCACUUUAAUCUACCAGAGUAUGCACACUACAACCAAUCUACAUUGGGUAUGCCGCCCCAAAUGGGUCAGUAUCCCAACUAUCAACAGUUGGGCUUCCAGCAUUCUUAUAUGAACCAAAGUUCGCCUACUGUCAACGAUUUGCCCUUCCCAAACGGUAUGUUUCCUAUGAACUUCAAUAUGCAGAAUGAGCAUAGCGCUAACAUGGUGAAUUACGCUUACGAGAAACGAGCAGAAGCGAGAAGAGAGAACGAAACAAUGAGGCCAGAUAGCCAUAAAGAACACAACUUGCGCAAAAUGCCUCUGAACAUACCUCAGAUACCAAAUAAGUCCUACACUAAGCAAAAUGUUCCUGAUGAUGGGUAUGGACUUAACAACAUGUACCAAGAUGGCCACCACAACCUAGAUCUAAGCUUAAAAACACCAGAAAAAAUACAAUUGGAUAGUACAAGAAAGAAAAACAUCGAAAACACUGUUAGAUUAAUUGAAAACAUACUUAUCAAUUCAUCUAAUAAACCCAAAGAAGCACCAAGUGCUCCAAGUAAACCGACCAGCACUAGAACCGAGUUACCGCAACCAACGGUAAUAGAAAAAGCACCAAAAUCCUCUAAACCAGCCACAGAAAUGCACAGCCAAACAGUCACACAAACACAAUCAGAUCCGUUACAGAUGACACCUACAGACUUCUCAAAAACUAAGCCAAAUAACGUUAUUGAAACUCCAGUUGGAGAUAAUGAUGACAACGGAGACAAAGAUGAGUCUGAUAACGAACCACAAUCUGAAGAAGAGGAUGUAAAACCUAUAGCUAUAACGCAACACUUUAUAGCUGAAGAUGAAGAGGUGAAUACGGACAAUAGUAUCGUUAUUAAAGUUGAGAAAGCCAGUUGGGCGGAUUCCGAAUGCUUUUCUCCAUUCUUGAAAGAUGUUAACGGAUUCCAGAGGGAUGAUAAUAUGAAUUACAGGAUCAUUGAAGCGGAAACUAGUGUUGCUGAAGCCAUUGCGGCUUAUAAGAAUGGAAUAAAACCGGAAGGUGUAUUUGAGUGUCCGCACUGUUCACUACUCUUUAAACACCCAAAACGCUUCAUAAUUCACCACAAUUGGCACACAUUUGGCUUAACAAACAUCCGGAGACUGGAAAUAGCCAAAGUGAAGGAACAGAGACGGUUUGAGAGGAAAGAGGCUAGGGUUAUUGAGAGGAUGAACUCUAAAGAGGUUAAAGAUGAAACGAGUGUUGAUGGAAAAGUGUAUCCGUGUAAAGAUUGUGAUAAAGUGUUUAGUGCGAAAGGAAGUUUGAAGAAUCAUCGGCAACGAACCCACCCAACGCGGAUAAGAGAGUGUAGAAUAUGCCACAAGCCCAUUUCCAGCUGGACGGCUCUUCGGGCCCACAUGGUGACUCACUCCGCUGACUCAGGGCUUGGGUUCCAAUGUUCGGAGUGUCCAAAGAGGUUCAAGUACUCCCACUCUCUGGCCAAGCACUCGGAUACCCAUUUGGAAAAGACGCACGGUUGCACUGAAUGUCCCAAGAUGUUUGGUUCCCAGGCGCUUCUGAAGAUGCACAUGAAGACUCACGAGCGAGUGCUGCGUGGAGCCACCUUCAGGUGCACCUACUGCGGCAAAGGAUUCUUCGAAUCCUACAGCUUACAGGUUCACGAAAGGACGCACAGGAAUGAGCGUCCGUUUACAUGUGAUAUAUGUAAUACAAGCUUCGGAACAAAUUCCAGCUUGAAGAGGCACGUCAAAGUGUCGCACAACACAUCGAAGCCCUACCAGUGCUCUGUAUGCCAUCGCAACUUCAUCACGGAGUCCAUCAGGGACAGGCACGAGCAGCGGCUACACGGCAACCCUGAGGACUUCAAGUUCCCAUGCAAACUUUGCUCUUCCAAAUACUUAAAACUGAAAGAUCUUCAGAAACACGUCUACAAGAUGCAUCCGAAAAGCAAAAGGAAGAAAAAAUCUGACAAAGAAAGCGAUUCCGAAUAGUCACUCUCUGAUUAAAGGAAUUAGGUACGAAAUUGUUUGAUCGUAUCUCUUUUCUUAUAAUAAUAGUAAUAAUAUAUUAUGUCUUUUAAAUAUAGAUUUUUAUGAUAUCCUAUGCGCCUGUGAGAGGUGAGGAUCGUAGAGGUGACUUUGAUUA